AUGAACUUCUCUACAAGAAACCCUACACUUGAUUUUAACUCUGCCCAAUGUACAUUUUGGGAUUUUACUGGUAAUGGUAUAUGGAAUAAUGCAGGCUGUAUACCAGAUCUUGAUGGAGAAAAUGUCAUUUGUAAUUGUGAGCAUAUAACAUCCUUUUCCAUUUUAAUGUCUGCUAAAACAGCGAAGAGCCCUAUUUUGAGUUCUAUAACCCAAAUUGGAGUUGCCGUUUCUCUAGCAAGCUUAAUAAUAACCAUAAUUAUAGAAGCAGUGGUAUGGAGGCACGUGACCAAGAGUGAAGCAUCACAUAUUCGCCACGUGGCAAUUCUGAACAUUGCUAUCAACUUGCUGAUAGCAGAUGUAUGGUUUAUUGUGGCAGCCUCUGUAAAACAAGAUACAGGAGCUUGUGUGGCUGCAACCUUUUUCAUUCAUGUUUUCUACCUCGCUUUGUUCUUUUGGAUGUUCACCCUAGGUCUUCUAAUUGUGUACCAUCUGGUUUUCUUAUUCCAUGAUUUCAGCAAAUCUGUUUUGAUGGGAAUCUCAUUUGGCAUCGGCUAUCUGUGUCCAAUAAUAAUUUCAGUCAUUACAAUUGGAGUUACCUAUCCACAGAACAGUUACAUAAGAAAAGAUGCCUGUUGGCUCAGUUGGAGGGAAAAAUAUCCGAUACUUGCUUUCAUUAUACCGGCUUUGUCUAUCAUCGCAAGCAACUUUAUUGUUCUAGUUGUGGUCAUAUUCAAGCUCCGUCGACCAACAAUUGGAGACAGGCCCAGGAGACAUAACAAGGAGAAGGAUACAAUAAAACCAAUUGUGAGGAGCAUUGCAGUUCUAACACCAAUCCUUGGACUUACGUGGGUAUUUGGAAUACCAACCUUUCAAGAGAACUCUCAUGAUGCUUUCCAUUAUAUAUUUACAAUUCUCAAUGCUUUUCAGGGUUUCUUUAUUUUCAUCUUCGUAACAUGCGUGGAUAAAAAGGUGCGAGAGGCUCUAUUGGAGAAGUUCUCAUUGACAGGAUUUUCUUCCCGAUCAAGGUUUGAACACAAUGCUUCCUUAGGAAGAUUUUCCUCGAAGCAUGGAAUUGCAUUUCCUGGGAGUGGAAGUCAAUCUCCCUACGUCUCCCCAACAGCCAGUGCAAUCUCAGGGGAACAUCUAUCAACAAAAAGUUAUGAAUGAAAUAUGACUUUUGUAAAUAAUUGAAAUUCCACAGUCAUCGUAGCAGACACCUGUCAAUAUAUUCUGUUCCUCCUCAUGCUUUACUUUGUAUUUUAUGAUAUUUGUGAAUACAGAACACAAACAAUUGUAAUGGAUGUGAUGUAACUUAUUAAAUAAGUGAUAUGCUGUCAAUAAAUAAAAUCAAUGUGAAGUGAAUGUAAUAAACAUAUUGA